CAUCCUGGAAAUAUACUUAUUCAUAACAACUCUGUUAAAGUUAGUGACUUUGGAAUCUCCAAACUUACCACCGAGCCGUCAAUUGCUUUGCUAAAAUUGGCCGGCGCCUUAGAAUAUUCGGAUCCGAUUUUCCUUAAAAAAAUGGGAAAAUAUAGUCGAAACAAAUCUUCCGACAUAUAUAGUAUCGGGAUAUUAUUUUGGCAAAUUUCAAGUGGUCGGUGUCCUUACAGAUUAAAGAAUUUUGAAGACGAGUUUGAUAUAUUAACUUUCAUUAUAAGCGGUAACCGAGAAGAUCCAAUUAUAGGAACACCAAUAGAUUAU